AUGGCACCCAGAAAGAAGACCCCCAAAGCUGCCCCAUCCUUUGAGGCUAUUAUUCAUGCCGCUCGCGACAGACGAAAGAAGCAAGCUUCGACAGACAAGUUUUUCAGCCAGAUUAGAAGUGCAAAUUCACCAGCUGCGAAGAAGCCGUCCAGGAAAGAAGCUUCCCAGAGAAUUGAAAAGCGCUCGGUGUCGGUAAGCAUCGGCAAACAGGAGCCUACGAGACGACCCCCGCCCCGCCACGCUACUCGGGAAGCCCGUCUGCUCUCCUCGGCUCUACCAGAACGAGACAUGAAUAUUAGAGGUCGCGCUACCGGCCCUACCGUUGUUCUUGGAAGUAACUUCGCCUUUGGGACAACGGCAGAAGAUAUUCAAUCCGCGUUUGAGCCAGUUGGGGGACAGAUGUUAAGAUGUACACUUAUCGCAACAUACCCUGCCGUUAUGGCUGAAAUGACAUUUGCAGAUCGCCGUGGUGCGGACAAUGUUGUUACUAAGUUCAAUAACCAAAAGGCGGAUGGAAAAGUUUUGCAUAUUCGCAUCAAGCCAGAAAUUACCUAA